AUGGGUGGUCACGAGCUCGCAGCCGCAGCCGCAGCCACACUGCCGGAGCCCCCUAAAGAGAACCUAUACGUCGUGCUUGGCCAUGUCGGCACCGGGACCUUCGGUAAGGUGUUCAAGGCCAGUCACACCAUUUCUGGGAGGAUGGUCGCCCUCAAGCAGAUCAAGAUGGAAGGAGAGAAAGAAGGUUUCCCCGUCACUGCCAUGCGAGAAGUCAAGUUGCUUCAAUCACUUCGGCAUGACAAUGUUGUCCGCUUGUACGAAAUGAUGGUAUCUCAUGGCACCGUAUACAUGGUCAUCGAGUACAUGGAUCAUGACCUGAGUGGCGUGCUCCAGCAGAAGGAGUUUGAGUUCACAGACGCACAUCUUAAGUCGUUCUGUCGGCAGAUGCUCUCUGGACUUGCAUAUCUGCACCACAAAGGGGUCAUCCAUCGAGACAUCAAGGGUUCGAACAUCCUAGUCAACAGUCGUGGGGAACUGAAGCUCGCGGACUUCGGUCUGGCCCGAGUGUACCAGAAGCGGCGCAAGAGUGACUACACCAACCGCGUGAUCACUCAAUGGUACCGACCACCGGAACUGCUGCUUGGUGCAACUGUCUAUGGCCCGGAAGUGGACAUGUGGAGUGCGGGGUGCAUCAUGCUUGAACUGUUCACGAAGCAUCCCGUCUUCCAGGGCGUAGAUGAGCUUCAGCAGAUCUACGUGAUCUAUAAGUGGAUGGGUACUCCGACGCUUGAAGCUUGGCCAGGCCUUACAAGUCUCCCUUGGUACGAACUCUUCAAGCCCACGGAACCUAUUCCCAAUCGCUUCCGAGAGGGGUUCAAGAAGUGGCUCUCUCCUGCAGGACUCGAUCUGGCGGAGCAGUUGUUGAGUUGGAACCCCGAGACCCGUAUCACGGCCGCGCAGGCCCUGGAAGCGCCAUACUUCAACCAGGAAUCGCCGCCUGCUGUCACACCUGUCGGAAUGUCCGCAUUGGAGGGAGAAUGGCACGAGAUGGAGAGCAAGCGGGAGCGUGACAAGAGGCGUCGGGUCGAAGAUUGA